AUGGCAGAACGGGCCGAUCUGGUAUUUCACAAUAAAGUGAUAGACGGAACUGCCAUGAAAGGACUUAUUAGUAGAUUCAUAAAUCACUUCGGAAUGGCAUAUACAUCACACAUCCUGGAUCAAGUAAAGGCCUUAGGUUUUCAACAAGCUACUGCUACAUCUAUUUCAUUAGGAAUUGAUGAUCUUUUAACAAUACCCUCGAAGAGAUGGCUAGUUCAAGAUGCUGAACAACAAAGUUGUAUUUUGGAAAACCACCAUCAUUAUGGGAAUGUACAUGCGAUAGAAAAGUUACGCCAAUCCAUUGAAAUAUGGUAUGCCACAAGUGAAUAUUUGCGACAAGAAAUGAAUCCUAAUUUUAGGAUGACUGACCCCUUUAAUCCAGUUCAUAUAAUGUCUUUUUCGGGGGCUAGAGGAAAUGCAUCGCAGGUACAUCAAUUAAUAGGUAUGAGAGGAUUAAUGUCGGACCCUCAAGGACAAAGGAUUGAUUUACCUAUUCAAAGCAAUUUACGUGAAGGGCUUUCUUUAACGGAAUAUAUAAUUUCUUGUUACGGGGCCCGUAAGGGGGUUGUGGAUACUGCUGUACGAACAGCAGAUGCUGGAUAUCUCACGCGCAGACUUGUUGAAGUAGUUCAACACAUUGUUGUACGUCGAACAGAUUGUGGCACCGUCCGUGGUAUUUCUGUGAGUCCUCGGGAUGGAAUGGUGCCAGACGGGAUUUUUAUCCAAACAUUAAUCGGUCGUGUAUUAGCCGAUGAUAUAUAUAUGGGCAAGCGCUGUGUUGCCACUCGAAAUCAAGACAUUGAGAGUGGACUUGUAAAUCGAUUCAUAACCUUUCGAGCACAACCAAUAGUUAUUCGAACCCCUUUUACUUGUAGGAGUGCAUCUUGGAUCUGUCGAUUAUGUUAUGGACGGGGUCCUACUCACGGUGACCUGGUUGAAUUAGGAGAAGCUGUAGGUAUUAUUGCAGGACAAUCGAUUGGAGAACCGGGUACUCAAUUAACAUUAAGAACUUUUCAUACCGGUGGAGUAUUCACGGGGGGUACUGCAGAACAUAUGCGAGCCCCUUCGAAUGGAAAAAUCAAAUUCAAUGAGGAUUUGGUUCAUUCGACACGCACACGCCACGGAUAUCCCGCGUUUUUAUGUUCUAUAAACUUCUAUGUAACUAUUGAGAGUAAAGAUCUUCGACAUAAUCUUAAUGUAAAUAUUCCCCCAAAAAGUUUUCUUUUAGUUCAAAACGAUCAAUAUGUAGAAUCAGAACAAGUGAUUGCCGAGAUUCGCGCAGUAACAUCCACUUUGAAUUUUAAAGAGAAGGUUCGAAAACAUAUUUAUUUGGACUCAGGCGGAGAGAUGCAUUGGAGCACUGAGGUGUAUCAUGCACCCGAAUUUACAUAUGGUAAUGUUCGUUUAUUACCAAAAACAAGUCAUUUAUGGAUAUUAUUAGGAGGCUCGCGCAGAUCUAGUCUAGUUUCACUUUCGCUACACCAGGAUCAAGAUCAAAUGGGUGCGCAUUCUCGUUCUGUCAAGAGAAGAUCUACUUCUAACUUCUCAGGAAUGAACGAUCAGUCAAGACAAAAAUUCUUUAAUCCCCGUUGGGGGGGUAAAAAAGAAGAUAGAAUUCCUGAUUAUUCAGACCUUAGUCGACGUAUAUGUACUGGUCGUUGUAAUCUCAUAGACCCGAUCACUCUACACCAAAGUUCCGAUUUAUUCUCAAAGAGACGAAGAAAUAGAUUCAUCAUUCCACUCGAAUCGAUUCGAGAACGCGCGGACGAACUAAUGCCCCCCUUAGGUAUCUCGAUGGAAAUCCCCCCAAUGGCAUUUUCCGUGGAAACAGUAUUCUUGCAUAUUUCGAUGAUCCUCGAUACAAAAGAAAAAGAAAGAGUUCGGGCAUUACGAAAUACGAGACUUUAG